UCUUCCCCCUCCUUCAUGUUUCCACUGGUUUUUCAGACUUCCUCUCCGUGGUUUGGGAGGCUGGGCAUCUGGAUAUUUUAAAACAUACAAAGGAAUUGCUGGAGCAAGCAAAAGCAGAGAGCCCCGCAGAAGGAGAAGAUGUACUGCUGAUAAGCAACGGAUGGGACUUUACAACAACUCGAGUCACUGACAAAGUGGGAAAGCAAUUCCCAGGAGAAAAAGAAAGGACACAAGAAACGAAUAGGAUUUUCAACAGAAUGGAGCUCCAUCUUUCCUUCAAGUUUGUUGGGUGCAUUUGCAAAGUCCUUUUGCUCCAACUCUCCAUCUUCCACCCGACGUCAGCUCCUCCACCACCGACGUUUAGGCUUUCGGAAGACGUAGCAGGCCGAGAACUGAUACCAUCGCCCAUCAUUAAGUUUCCAGGGGAUGUUUCUCCCAAAACAGACAAAGAACUGGCCUUGCAAUACCUCAACAAGUACUAUGGGUGCCCCCAAGACAGCUGCAAUCUCUUUGUGCUGAAAGAUACUUUGAAGAAAAUGCAGAAAUUCUUCGGGCUUCCUCAGACUGGAGAACUGGAUCAAAACACUGUAGAAACCAUGAGGAAGCCUCGUUGCGGCAACCCAGAUGUAGCCAAUUACAAUUUCUUCCCAAGAAAACCAAAAUGGGAGAAAAAUCUGAUCACAUACAGGAUUUUAGGAUAUACUCCAGAUCUGGACUCAGAAACAGUGGAUGAUGCUUUUGCCCGAGCCUUCAAAGUCUGGAGUGAUGUCACACCACUGAGUUUCUCUCGAAUUCAUGAUGGGGAAGCAGAUAUCAUGAUCAAUUUUGGACGAUGGGAACACGGUGAUGGAUACCCUUUUGAUGGCAAAGAUGGACUCUUGGCUCAUGCGUUUGCACCCGGACCAGGAGUAGGAGGAGACUCACACUUUGAUGAUGAUGAACUUUGGACCUUGGGUGAAGGACAGGUUGUGAGGGUGAAAUAUGGCAAUGCAGAUGGAGAGUUCUGCAAAUUCCCCUUCUUGUUCAAUGACAAAGAAUACAACAGCUGUACCGACGCAGGACGCAACGAUGGCUUCCUUUGGUGUUCAACAACAUACAACUUUGAUACAGAUGGCAAAUACGGAUUCUGCCCCCACGAAUCACUUUUCACAAUGGCUGGCAAUGCCGAUGGGCAGCCUUGCAAAUUUCCCUUCAAAUUUCAAGGAAACACCUAUGACAGCUGUACAACUGAAGGAAGAACUGAUGGAUACCGAUGGUGUGGGACCACUGAAGAUUAUGACCGCGACAAGAAGUUUGGAUUCUGCCCAGAGACAGCAAUGUCAACUGUUGGUGGGAACUCAGAAGGUGCGCCCUGUGUUUUUCCGUUCAUCUUCCUGGGAAACAAGUAUGAAUCUUGUACCAGUUCAGGACGUCAAGAUGGGAAAAUGUGGUGCUCUUCAACCAGCAACUAUGAUGAAGACCGCAAGUGGGGAUUUUGUCCAGACCAAGGCUACAGUCUUUUCUUGGUUGCUGCACAUGAAUUUGGCCAUGCCAUGGGACUCGAACACUCUGAAGACCCUGGUGCCCUCAUGGCUCCCAUCUAUACUUAUACCAAGCACUUCCGACUUUCCCAGGAUGACGUUCAAGGAAUCCAGGAGCUUUAUGGGGGUUCUACUGAUGUCGGGCCAGGUCCAGGUCCAACCCUUGGUCCAGUUACUCCUGAACUGUGUGGUCAAGACAUUGUAUUUGAUGCUGUUGCCCAACUCAGAGGGGAGAUCUUCUUCUUCAAAGACCGAUUCAUCUGGAGGACAGCAAACCAACGGGACAGGCUUACGGGUCCUUUGCUCACUGCAACGUUUUGGUCAGAGGUGCCAGAAAAAGUGGAUGCUGUCUAUGAAGCCCCUCAGGAGGAGAAGACGGUCUUUUUUUCAGGAAACGAAUACUGGAUUUACUCCGCCAGCACUUUGGAAAGAGGUUAUCCGAAACGGCUUACCAGUCUGGGGCUGCCUCCCGAUGUGCAGCAUGUCAAUGCGGCUUUUAACUGGAGCAAGAACAAGAAGACCUACAUUUUUGCUGGGGACAAAUUUUGGAGGUACAACGAAGUAAAGAAGAAGAUGGAUCCUGGUUUCCCUAAAUUAAUUGCAGAUGCUUGGAAUGGGGUUCCAGACAACCUGGACGCUGUGCUGGAUGUGAGCGGAAGUGGUCACAGCUACUUCUUCAAGGACUGGUAUUAUCUCAAACUGGAAGAUCAAAGCCUAAAGAUAGUUAAAGUGGGCAACGUGAAAUCCGAUUGGCUGGGUUGCUGAGCUGUGUGACCUCAUAAUAACCAAACCCCACCUCCCCUCCCCACCCCCAAAAAACCCCAUUUAUACUUUUUUUUAUUUGUAAAAGUCCUAUGUCAUAUUUGCAAUUAGAGAUAGAUCUGUAUGCUGAUUCAAAGGCCAGUCUGGAACUGGAAACAUAUCACUAAGUACCACUAUUGGACACCAUUCUUUUGCUCGCUCAUUUGACCAAGCACACCUCCUUAGGAAUACGUUCCAUCACAAUCAUGAGUUCUGAUUCAAACAAGAUGCAAUUUGCUUUCUCUCUCUAUUUUCUUCUUCUCUGUCUCAGUGAACACAAUUCUGGCCUGGGUUUUAAGUGAGUCGUUUGGGGCAUCUACACUGUUGAGUUAACGCAGUUUGACACCACUUUAAUUGUCAUGACUCAAUGCGAUGGAAUCCACAAAAGUUAAAGCCACAAAUGUAGUUUUUUUAAAAAAAAAUAGUAAUCUGUUUCAUGCACUUUGUUCACUACCAUAACUUCAUUCGUUGGUUCUGUGUUCUAUCCGAGUAACUUGUUCUCUUUCUUUCUUUCCUUCAUUCUUUCUUUUGCUGUCGUUUUUCCUUGGAAAGCUUUGGGCAAUGUAAAGUUUUCACUGUACAACCUGAUGGAACAUUUGUCUUCACACAAAGGAUUCUUUUUUUGUUUUAAAGGGAAAAUAAAACAACUUACGUGGAAAUGUCAGUGGUAUUAAAUAAAGAAUAAAAAUUA